AUGACAACCCCAGACAAAAUUCGUCGUUCGUGGUUACUCACCCCCGUUUCGCAAUCUGAAUGCGUGUCGUCCGCUCCGUCGGCGGGUGCCGACGUAAUUGUCCUCGACAUUGCCGAAUUCGUGGCCGAACCCGACAAGCCAGCCGCUCGGGAGUCCCUGCGCGAUUGCCUGAUCCCCGCCAAAUCCACCGGUGCGGAGGUGUUCGUCCAGAUUGAUCCCGAGCUCAUGCUGGCCGAUCUCAACGCAGCGGUGUGGCCCGGUCUCGACGGCAUCGUCGUGACCCGCGCCGAAACUUCCGAUCAGGUCGCCGCGAUCGACGCCAUCAUCUCCGAUCUCGAGAGCCGACGUGGCAUGUUUCCCGGCAGCGUCGAUCUGGUCCUCUGCCUGGAGACCGCCUUGGGGAACCAUAACGGUUUCGAGGUCGCCACCGCUAGCUCACGCACUUGGGGGCUCUCCCUGGGUCGCGCUGAUCUGGUCAUGGACCUGCGGCCCGAACCGUCCGGCGAGAUCCAUCUGAUGCAGUAUCUCAUGCAGCGUUUGGUGACCCUGGCGUCUGCGACCGGAGCCGUUCCCUUGGGAGCCUGGUGGCGCUUCCCCGAUCGCGGUCUGCUCGCCUCCCCCGAAAACACCCUCGCGGCCGCCGAGCGCGGGCGGGCCAUCGGUUUCAAGGGCUCCUUCUGCGUCCUGGAUAAUCAGGUUCGCCCCUUGAAUGAAAGCUUCACCCCGAGGGAAUCCGAGGUAGCGGCCGCACACGGUUUGUGCGAGGCCUACGCCGCGGCGACAUCCUCGGGAGUUGGCACCGUGGUAUCCGUGGAUGAUCGGGUGCUCACCCCCGACAUUGUCCGGCAGAUCGCCAAUACCGUUGCACUCGCCGACGCUUGCUCAACUCGCGACCGUUUCAAGGCCGCCGCGGUUGACGGGACACCCAUUCCGGUCCCUUAG